GCCCGCCCCGGCGCCCGUCCACUCGCGAGCAGACCAUGGCCGGCCCUCUGCGCUCCCCGCUGCUCCUGCUGGCCGCCCUGGCCCUGGCCCUGGCCGCGAGCCCCGCAGCCGGCGCGAGCCCCGGCAAGGCGCCGCGCCUGGUGGGCGGCCUGAUGGACGCCGACGUGAACGAGGAGGGCGUGCAGCGCGCGCUCAACUUCGCCGUCAGCGAGUACAACAAGGCGAACAACGACGCGUUCCACAGCCGCGCGCUGAACGUGCUGCGCGCGCGCAAGCAGGUCGUGUCCGGCUUGAACUACUACUUGGAUGUGGAAAUGGGUAGAACCACGUGCACCAAGUCCCAGUCCAACUUGGAAAGUUGUCCUUUCCAUGACCAGCGGAACCUGAGGAAAUCACUCUGCUCUUUCCAGAUAUACUAUGUCCCCUGGCUGGGCUCAAUCUCCCUGGUGAAGUCCAGCUGCCAGAGUGCUUAGAAGACUAUGCGACAGGCCGGGCCACGCUGACCACCCCCACCCCCCCAGCAGAACUCCUAAACCUUAGAUGGGUGAUACCCCUAUUGGAGUCCCCUAAGUGCAUUGGCUGCAGGACACACAUAAGAGGCUUCAGGGCAUUUUUUGAACAACUAAAUGGCUCUAACUCAUUUCUUUCUUUUAGUUGCUUUCCACAUGCCCCAGUGCACAGUGAGUGCACGUGCUCAAUAAAAGAGUAAUAACUUUAGCUCCUUGAGUGGUUCAU